AUGACGUAAUUGUAUCAGCCGCAUCACGACGACUAAGCAACCGGCACAGAGACAAAAGAGCGACAGACGCUGUCCCUUUAAGAAAAACAUUUAACCCCCCCCAAAAAAAAAGAAAAGAAAAAAGAAAGAAAGAAAAAUAAAACGCAAAAAAAGCCCUCGAUUAAGGAUUUGAGGAAUUUCGUUGCUGGUGCAAAGUCUAGCUAGCUUGCAAAGUCCUGUAAUCCGAUUUUGAUCUGGAAUGGUUGAAUUUGGGUCGUGAGGGAGCAUGAUAAAUAUGGUGGACGCUGUGGGGGGAAAGCUAAGACAUUGUAAGCUCCUUCUCGCUUUUGAAGGCAAACAUUUCACACCGUGAGACUGUCAGUGGCUUAGCGGUUGUUUGUAUCAACGAGUUUAUUACGAACGGGAGGCUGAAUGAAUGACAAGACGGGCGGGCUGAACACAAGCAACGCAGGUCACAGUCGAGCAAGAAAUGCAUUGAAAGAAACCAGAAGGAAAGUUAUUUUUAAUUUUUAAUUUUUUUUUUUUUUUUUUUUUUUUACGCAUUUCAGAAUUUUUUUUUUUAAUCAUUAUAUAUAUAUAAAAAAGCGGGUAACAAAGGAAACACAAUCUACUUGCUACAAGAGCGAACAUACGUUUAUAUGAAGCAAUGCUUUGUAAAAACACAUUUUUUAAGGAAAUAAGAAAUAAUAAAAAAUAAAUUAUGGAGGAAGAUCAUGGAUUUUUAAAAAUAUUUACAUGUAAAAAACGUGUGUGUCUGAUUUCAUGACGUGGAGUCGAGAAACAUUCACUUCAAAAAAUAAAAAUUAAUAACACUACUUUUAAAGCAUAACAGAAGACAUACACUGAAGAAAAGGAGUUUUUUGGAUAUUAUUAUUAUUAUUAUUAUUAUUAUUUUAAAGUAGCAAGCUGUCGUGGUGAAGCAGAGCGGUUAUCGCUUGUCUCAUGAAACGGGAAAGUUAUUCACACUUUCAAACUGGGACCGUUGCUGUCCGGCACUAUUUGUAACUGGUUGGUACCCUCCGCUGCUGAUCUGAUCUGACUGUAUAAGUAAUAUCACUGAUGCAGUAGAGAGGAGACUAUGUGGGCACUUUCCUGAAAUGCCAAGGGAGGAGUUGCCAUUGCCAGAGGGUUGGGAAGAGGCCCUGGAUUUCGACGGGAAACUUUAUUACAUAGACCACAAGACCAAAGCCACCAGCUGGAUCGACCCGAGAGACAGGAACACCAAGCCUCUAUCAUUUGCCGACUGCAUCGGAGAUGAAUUGCCAGUGGGCUGGGAAGAAGCCUACGACCCACAAGUCGGAAGCUAUUACGUGGACCACAAUACUCAGCGCACUCAGAUAGAGGACCCACGGUUGCAAUGGCAGAGGGAGCAGGAGAGCAUGCUGAAGGCUUACCUGGGCGUGGCUCAGGACUCCCUGGUGGCUCAGAAGCAGAUCUGCCAGGUGAAGGAGCAGAGGCUGCAGCUCGCCCAGCAGGAGUACAGGCAGCUCAGUGAGGCAUGGAGGGACAAAUCAGCCUCCCGGACCAGCUUAAAUUCAGGAUCAUCCUCCAGCAGUAAGUACGACCCUGAGAUCCUCAAAGCUGAGAUAGUGACGGCAAAAAUCAGGGUUAAUAAGCUUAAGAGAGAUCUGUCCAGUAUGCGUCAGGAACUCCAGUAUAAAGAGCAGGGCUAUGAAACACUGAAAGGGAUUGAUGAGAAGAUGUCCGGCGCUCCAUGUGGCUAUCAACUAGACGAAGCGCAGGCCAUUCUGAACGAGGUGAAAACUAUCAACAAGGCAAUCCGUUCAGGGGAGAAAGAGAAGCAUGAACUCAUGCAGACCCUUGCCAGGCUCAAGCAUGGAUUCCAGAUCGACUCUGGGUCUCAGUCACACCUCUGGGCCAGCAGCUCUUCCCUAGCUGAUUCCAAGCUGUGCAUUCCUGCACUCUGCUCGGAUGCAGGGUCACAGACUGACAUCGCAGGAGAUUUUGUGUCUGUCAAUAACAAUAAGCUGGCUGAGAAGGUCCGAGUAAGUCUGAAGUAUGAAGAUGCUAAGAGGAGGAUAGCUAACAUUGAGUUGCAGAUAGCAAAGCUGGACAGCGAGGCUUGGCCUGGCUUAAUGGAUCCCGAGAGAGACCGGCUGAUCUUAAUAAACGAGAAAGAGGAGCUGCUGAAAGAGCUGCAGUACACCAAGCCUCGCCAGCGAGCUCCGUGUGACGCUGCGUGGCUCCAAACAGAGAGAAAGAGGCUGGAGAAGGACCUGCAGACAGCCAGGGCCAAUCAGAGCAAAGCACUGACGGAAAGAUUGAAGUUGCAUUCCCAGAGGAGUAAAUUAGUCAGAGAACUGGAAGAAACUGCGCGGCUCGCCUCCUCGCUCCACUCCCAGCUGAAAAGCCUCUCUGCCAGCACUCUGUCCUGUUCCUCGGGCAGCAGUCGGGGGUCUCUGAGCUCCAGCAGAGGUUCCCUCGCCACCUCAAGCCAGGGCUCCUCUUCCUCGCUCAGCUUCACAGAUCUGUACUUGGAGCAGCUGGAGCCAGCUGACUGGGACAACCAGUACAAGCUAGACUUCAUGCUGCAGGAGGGGACCGCUGGCUUCCGUCCGUCCAGCUCCAUCACAACCAUCCUUGAGAAUGAGGUGAUAAAGACCCCCAGCCUGGACCCCAGCUCCCAGGUUCAGGCUCUGCGUCUGUCGAUGAGCUCGUUGUCUCCGAGGUCCUCCCUGUCCUCCCUGUCCCCACCCUGCUCCCCGCUGGUGACGGACUCUCACUUCUUGUCUGGAGAUGCCUUCCUCUGCCAGGGCGGCGUUGGGCUCAGUCAGGAAGCACAGAGCAGACUUGCAGAGCUUUGCUUGGAAAACCACGAGAGCCGGGGAGGAGAUGCAGGACCUAUCCCCCUGGAUCACUGCAGUGGCCAGGAGCCCGGGGUCAAACAGCAUGCUGUCCAUCGAGAACAACUGAAAGAAGCCAGGGCCCCAGCGAAGGUGCUGGGGCCCGUGUUGAGAAAGCCAGGGGUUUUUUCAUCAGUGGCUGACGAAUCAGUGGUCGGAGACAGUGGAGUGUGUGAGCCGUCAGAGACACGACCCAGCCAGGCAUCCAAUGUGUUUCACGGUGGUGAAGAAGGAGGAUCUUGGGGCACUGCGCAGAUCCAACUGGGAAUGCAGUACGACACUAAAGAGAAGAGAUUCGCACUGCUUCUAAUUCAGAUUCGCAGUGCCGAGGCGCUGGCAGUGCCUCCGGAGGAGAAAGUGUAUGUCCGUGCCGCGGUGCUGCCCUGUUCCGAAACCACCAGCUGUCUCUUCCGAAGCAGGCCUGUAUUCCCCUGCGAGAACCUGAAGUUCAGUGAGGUGUUCUGGGUCUCUUUGUCGCACAGUACUCUGCUUCAGAAAACUCUUCGAGUGGACGUCUGCUGCACGACUCGAUCUCAUCGGGAGGACUGUCUGGCUGGGGCUCAGAUUAGUCUUGCUGAAGUGAGCAGCCUUGGGGAGAGGUCUACAAGCUGGUACAACCUUCUCAACUACAAGGAUGUGAAGGAGCUCAGCAAGCAGCUCACAGACACGGAGGGAAAGGAUUCUGUCUCUGAUCUCCUGGAGGAAACUGCAGCAGAGCUGGAAGCUGUAGAGAAAAGGGCGGACGAUCCAGAAAACACACCGACUGCACAGGAGGAGUGGCGCCGGCAGCACUUGGAGGCUGAAUUCUGGGAGGAUGGAGGCUGCAGUGAGGAGGAGGAGGAGGAAGAAGAGGGACAAGAGGAGGAGGAGUCUGGCGCAGAAACAGCUUCAGAAAAGGUGGAUAAAGAGACCAACACUGACAGCAUUGCACAGGCUGCUUCGGUGGUGCGCCCCAAGGAGAGACGAGCCCCCAUUGCCCAGCAGAACCCCUUCGUUAGAGGAAGCACAAUCAUCCGCUCAAAAACAUUCUCUCCCGGGGCCCAGAGUCGAUAUGUAUGCAGGAUAAACAGAAGCGACAGCGACAGCUCCACCCUGUCCAAGAAGGGUGCUUUUGUUCGAAACGCUUCCGAGAGACGCAGCGUCCGGGUGAAGAAGCCUCUGCUUGAAGCGAAGGCUCUGGAGGGCAGACUGAUGCGCACAUCCCUGGAUUUGGAGCUGGACCUGCAGGCAUCCCGGACCAGGGAGAGCCGGCUCAGCCAGGAAAUCCUAGUGCUGCGGGAGCUGAAGGAGCAGUUGGAGCAGGCGAAGGAGCGGGGGCACACGGAGCUGCCCGAGUGGUUCAACGAGGACGAGAGGUUCAAACUGCUGCUGCGACAAGCAGAGAAACAGACUCCAGGAGAGCACACGCAGGAGCAGCGAGUGGAGAGGAUGAUGAAGACUGCAGCUAAGGACGUGCACAGGAUACGAGGACAGAGCCACAAGGGGGAUCUGGAGGUGCAGAGUUUCCGAGAGAAGAUGGCAUUUUUCACCCGAGCGAAGAUUAAUAUACCCAAUCUACCUGUGGAGGAUGUUUAAAACUCUUUGUGUUUCAAAGUUCAACUGCUCUAUUUCAUAGAUACCCAGACUGAUUUUGUUUGUGGUGGUUUUAUGAAGAAAAGAAUAUGUGUACAUUGGAAAUCGAGGCUCACCCUUUGAAUGUACAGAUUUGUUAUAAUUUUAUUUGUCAUUUGUUAGACUGUGUAUAGUUUUUGUUUAAAAUGCAUGAAGAACAAAAACCAGUUUGAACUACUUUUUGUCACUUGUACUAAUUAUUUUAUUGUGUGUUUUUAUGUUAUUUUAACAUUAUUGGUAGAGUUACACACUGUCUUAUUUAACUGUAGAAAAAAGUGAAACUGGUACCAACUCAUUUGAACAACAAUUGAGAGGAGAGAGAAGUGAGCUGCAGCAGCGAUGUGCAUCUCAAGUGAGAGGAGGGAGAAGUGAGCUGCAGCAGCGAUAUGCUUCUCAAUUGAGAGGAGGGAUAAGUGAGCUGCAGCAGCGAUGUGCAUCUCAAUUGAGAGGAGGGAUAAGUGAGCUGCAGCAGCGAUGUGCAUCUCAAUUGAGAGGAGGGAUAAGUGAGCUGCAGCAGUGAUGUGCAUCUCAAUUGAGAGGAGAGAGAAGUGAGCUGCAGCAUCUGCAGUGUUGUGGAAUUUCUUACAGGACAGUAUGAAACUGAGCCAUUGCAAAACUAUACACAAGUGUUCCAAUAGGGAGCAACCAUUCUCAAUCCCCAACUACUGGCAAGCACAAGACUCUGUGAUGAUCACACUGCUGUACAGCACCACAACAAAUACAGAAUUGCCUUUGCUAUCGAUAUUGCAUGUAUGUAGGUAUAAAAGCUGUGUUUCAUUGGGCUAGAAAUAAUACUCCCAUUGCAUGGCGGUUUGAUCCACUCCUGGUUUAAUCCGACACACCUCAGCUUGUUACCUAUACACGGUGUCUGAUUGUAUUAAAACUUGGAAUGGGUGAAACUGUCGUGCAAUAGUAGUCGUAUUGCCAUCCCUGAUUGCAUUUAGUGAAAAGCCAGGACAAGCUAUUAGGUAUUGAAUCACCCCUUUUCUAAAGGGAAUCACAGGUGCCUAGCGUUUUAUUUCCUUCAGUACUGUACUGUAGAGCCGUUUCUCUUCUAGUUGUUUUUAUUAGGUAGUUGUUUAGUUUUUUGGACACCAGUAUACCUCAGGUACUGUGAAGUAACAGACGUGCACUUUUUCAAUGUUAGUUUCCUCGUGUUGCUGUUCAUGUGUCAGAACAAAAGCACCUUUUACAGAGGCUCGCUUUUACGGUUUCAUUUGGGUAAAUUCUCCACGGGAAAGCUUUCCAAAGAAAAACACUUUUAUUGGUACCAGCAGAGUGUCUGUGCUGAUAGGAAGUAUGAUCUUUGUGUGUUCUUAACAUGUGUAUUUAGUUUUUGUGUUGAUUUGAUUUUGAAGUUGUAGGACUCGAUUGAUUCCUUGUCAGUGUUUCACUUUUGUAUUAUUUCCUACGUGCCCCUUUCACAAAGACACAGUUUUCUUUUCUAUCAAGCUAUGUGUGUGACAUUUGUUUUUACCCCUGUAAUUUGUAUGCCUUUUCCCAAUGAAGGACGAUAAUAUUUCAAUAAUAAGAGUCUAAGCACAAUAAUGCUUUGUUUCGCCAGCAUUGCGUUCCAAACGAAUUGCUCAUUCUUAUCGAAGAGGCAGUGCUACAGAACUAGAGCAUGGGAACGGGGGAGCGGGGGU